AUGACCAGUGUUCAGAUACGGGAUCUACUGAAAUUUCCUGAAAAUGGGAAUAAUGCCACAGACACAGUAUUAAAUGGCAUUCACUUCAACCUAACUGCUCUGCGACAUUUUAAUUAUACACUGUACUCAAAUGGGACCAUAUCGAACGGGUCGAACUGUUGGCUUUCCUUCGACAAGUAUAAACCAGCAAUACUAUCUAACGGAACUUUUAUCAAUGCUACCUCAUGUUAUUUCCCUAUUGAGAAUAUUGGAACCCGAGGUGGCGUUGGAAUCGCUUUUGCAUCGCUCUUCGCCAUUUCCAUUGUGUUCGCCUUGAUUGGCCUUCGGAAGCAUGGCUCGACAUAUCUACCUCUGGAUAAGCGGUGGGCCUUGGUUGGGAGAAGAUGGCAAUGGUAUUGGAUGAUAUUUGUCGGGGUUUGCGGUACGGUCAGUUGUUUCAUGAGCAUCGAUGUCGACCGAAGCUAUCUGCAAAGCACCGCGAUUAUCCUACAAAGCUUCUUCUACUAUUUGGCGUUUCCAUCAGUUUUAGCUGCAAUAUGGGAAGGUGUUAGAAAUUGGGGCUCGUGGCAGGAACGCCAGAUCCAAGACCGUGAUAACUUCGCAUUUGUUGCUGUAACAACCAGGGAAAAGCAAGAGUUCUACCUACCCCUUAUUUUCUAUUUCUUUGCGUUUCUAAACUUCUUUCUCACCAUUCCAAGGUCAUGGACGAAUAUACAAAAGCAAAGGAGCUUUGAUCAACAGGAAACAUUAGCAAGGCCAACUGCAACAGACGGACGUUUCAAAUCCGCAAGCUUUGUCGCCAUCGUUUGUGUACUUUUGAUCUGCUACAGCCUUGGGCACAGCCUAUACAGAUAUAAGUCUCGGCCUCAAGGCCGGGUGAACGUCGCUUAUUACAUAGCCGCCACGCCAUUAAAAUUCACUCUUACAAUCCCCAUUGCUGCGCUUCGUAUAGGAUUCGGUAUUGUCUCGGUUUUUGAAUGGACAAUAUCUCCGUUGAAAUACAACGGCAACCCCGGCUGGAUAUAUGGCUUUGGCUAUACCCCUAUACUUUUGAUUCUUACGAUAUUCAAUAUAUAUGGCUACCUCGACCCAAAUGAGGAUCAAGAUCUUAUUCGUCAACGUAUCGAGCGUGGUCGUUCAGCAGAUGAUGAAUUGGGAGUCGACCGGAAAAGCAGAAAGCCACAUUGGUGGCAUCGUUCAAGGCCUGAUUUCACCGUUGGCCCUACCGGCACGGACUUAGAUUCGAGACUUCGAUGCUUGGUACCGCAAGUAGGUGGUGGCGCUGCCACGCAAAAGAAUAUCCAGAAAAAUAUCGAAAUGGGUGUUCUUAACCCAAAUAAAUACAAAGAUCUUGAAGUGCCAAAUCAAGGCUCCUCAUCGAAAGUCCUUCUAAACCAACCUGAGUGGCCACAAAAAAAUAAUCUUGUCGCUGAAGAUAAAAAAGAGGAAGUAGAUAUGAAGAUAACGCAGUUCAAUGUGGAUGACACUCUGGAUCCAGAGGCGAAAGCUGGAUCUACAUUAAGUCGCAGUAAUAGUGCAACCACCGCGUUCUCCGGGGAGACUUUAACGUCUCCAACUAGGACACAAAAGGUGAGGAGUAUGCUGGAUAUCUAG